GCGGGGCGUCUCGCGCGCGGGCGUUGGGCCGAGCGGGACCGGGCGCUCUUCUCUCGCUCACCCGCCCGGCGUGGAGCCGAGGCCCGGGCAUGGCUCUGAGGACCGCCGUGUGAGGAGCCGGACCCCUGCAGCUGGACGAGCGGGCGGCGCCCCCGAAGCCUGGGUGAGGCUGACGGCGUCGCUCCUCCGCCGCGACCCGUUCCCGUCACCCCGGCCGCUCCGGGACAACGCGGUUUCAUCCCCCUGCAGCCAUGGGACGAAGGAAGUCUAAACGGAAGCCACCCCCCAAGAAGAAGAUGACAGGCACACUGGAGACCCAGUUCACUUGUCCCUUCUGCAACCAUGAGAAGUCCUGUGAUGUGAAAAUGGACCGUGCUCGAAACACUGGAGUUAUCUCCUGUACCGUGUGUCUAGAGGAGUUCCAGACACCCAUCACAUAUCUGUCAGAACCAGUGGAUGUGUACAGCGAUUGGAUAGACGCCUGUGAGGCAGCUAAUCAGUAGCAAUAUCAAGGACCUGCCCCCUCAGCAGUCCCCGACCUGGGUACCAAUCCAGAGACAUUCCAGGACUCGGCUGUAGGUCCAGGACUGUGACAGCCCUCCCUCUGUAUGGAGUGGAUGUGAAUGAGUACAUGUGUAUGGGGCUGCAGAUGUGGCUGUAACAGUGACCCUGACUGCUUGUAGAUAGAGUUGAGGGGUUGCUGGGUCUCAUCAUGCUGCCCAGGGUGGCCUCAAAUGACUCUGAAAGCCUUUGAGUUGCUUCCCUUCUUCAGCCCCAACCCCUGCCCCACGCUGGUUCCUGGCUCCUCUGGUGACCGAUUCCUGACAUCCCUGGCAAAGAAUAGCUGUGGGACCUCCAGUCCUCAGCCACCUCACCAACACAUGGUCCUCGGGGACCGGGACCUCCUGUCCUUCCCACCUCCUUGUGCUUGUGACCUGGGAGUCAAGGUCCCUUGCUGGGCUUUGCCUGGGGACCCAUUUUCCUCUUCCUUUGCUUUUGUAGAAAAGGUAGGGGCUGGUUCAGGGACAGUCGUCACUUACAAGCCUGUCAAUAAAGCAGCCAGUGCAGA